AGAGUCUGGAGGACGAAUCGCUGAUCAGCUUGUCUUCGCACAUCUUUACGUUCCUCAACUGCACCUCCUGCGUCCUCAAUCGACGUGCCGGAUCUAGAUCAAAAGAGCUGCACGAUGGCCAAAUCAAAACCCUCCAAAAAAGCGCUCUCCAAAGCUCGUCGUCACAACCCUAUCCGUGUCCCGGACUCACACCUCCCUUCCGGUUCUUCCCGUGUCGAAGGCUCCACCUCUAACAACAACAAUAACACUUCCGGCUCAUCACAACAACUCCUCCCGGUCCUCCAAAAACUAACAUCCUCCUCCCCCUCCGACCGAGCCUGGUCAGCAUCGACUAUCUCCACGCUAAUCUCUAACGACCCUGCGACGAGGCGGUUGUUCUUGGGGAAGAACGUGUUGGAAAAGUUGGUCGGUCUGUUGAGCGAUGGGGUGGGUAGUGUACGGGUGGAAGGGAGUGGGGCUUUGAGAAAUUUGGCUAUCGACGGUGGACAUGAAGUGUGCGGGGCGAUGUAUAACAAGCAGGUUUUGGUACCUCUUCAGGCUUUGGUCCCGCAGCUAUCAGAGCGUAUCCAAUUGAUCUUGACCGAACAACCUCUGCCGGCUGGGUCGGAGAAGACGGAAGGGUACUUGGAUGGGAACCAGGUGUUUGCCCUGGCGGAGAACGUCUUGACUCUGUUUUGGUGCUUAAGCGAGACCAGCAACAAGAUCCUCAACGCCUUGAACCAGAUGCCUGGGCUCCCCUCGUUCCUCUUGGCGUUCAUCACGCAUCGUGAAAAGAUCCCUUCCGGAGCCGUACUCGCCGCCGCCCAGUGUCUCUAUGCUAUCACCCUCGAUAACCCGCCCUUUAAUGCGGGGUUGCCGGGCACGGUCGUUCAGGACCUCUUGACCGUCGUUCAGAGCGAACAACUGAAGAUGCUUGAAGAGCCCACUGCCGUCCCGGCUACAGGCAAGGGCAAGGCCGAGGGGAUGGAGGUCGAGACGGAAAAGACCCAAGCGGUCCAGGUCGUCAAUGAGGACAAAAAGUCCUUGCUACGAGUCUUGAUCGCCGGGGUCUUGCACAACCUGAACGACGAUGGGAUCUCCACCAUCGAAGGCCUUGACAACCGGAUCGUCGGUCCGCUCCUCCGACCGGUGCUCGACGUCGAUCUCGCUCAGGUCGCACAAGAGGUCGUCAAGACCGUACCCGAGAUCCCGACCGUCUCUGAAAAGGACGCCAAGGAGAUCAAGCAUAUCAAGGCCGACCUGAGGUCUCCGGCGGAGAUCAAGCUGGAUGGGAUCGAGAAGAGGUUGUCGACGUUGAUGGUCGCGCUAGAGGUGAUGACGAGCGUCUGUGCCGGGCUUGUGGAUUCGGAAGAAGCUGUCGGCGGCGGAGACGUAGAGGAAGAGGAGGAGGAAGAUGAUGAUGAUGAAGAAGAGAUGGACAUGGACGGAGAUGCUGACGCCGACGAAGCGUUGAUCGCCAAGGGUCGCGAGCAGGUCGUUGACGAUUCGAUGAUGGUCGAACAACCCAAGAGGACGGGAUCGACCUCGCUCGAUGGGUUGAUGGGAUCCAACAUGCACACCCGUCUGUUCGCUCUGGCUCAGGCGACUGAGAUCUCCUACCCUCCCGCUUCGGGCGGACUAUCCUUGCACCCACCUUCCACCGCUUUCCUCUCGUCGAUCCACCUGCGUGCACUCGAAGCGCUCAACAACCUCUUGCUCACCAUCUCGUCGUACGCCCCGACGCCCGCACCACCCUUGCCGAGCUCGGUGGACGAUAUCGCAUCGUCCGACCGAAAAGCCCGGGCCGAGUGGAAACAUUUCGUCGGGUCGUCGUUCACCAACCUCAACGAACUCUGGGAGGGAUCGUUCGAGAUCGCCAAGCAGCUCAUCGGGGCCGGGCCGGAGGGGUCGACUUCUGGGAAAGAAUUGUUGGAGAUGAAAGGUCAGGAGGUUAGGAAGGACGCGUUGGAGGUGUUGGCCGGUGUGUGGGUGGGGCUCGCGCGGAUCGGAUCAUUUGGUGGAUUAAACAUCACUCCGGAACAGAUCACCGGGCUGACCCAGGUCUACUCGCUUCUUCCUUCGACCAACCUGAAGACCCGUAUCAUCUCGGCUCUAGCGACCUUGUCCAUGACGGAAGGUCUUCCCGUACAACAGAACAAGGUCAUCGGGGAUCUCUUCAUCUCGCUCGUCAGCGCAUCUCCACCCGUCUCGACCGAGGAGAUCGUAGCCGCGCUCAAUGCCAUCUUUGACGUCUACUCGGACGAGAGGUGUUCGUAUAACGAGGUCUUUACCGCGGGGGGCUAUCUCGCUGCGCUUACUGCCGUGGUCAGCAAGUGCAAGAGCAUGACCCGCAGCGUGGACAAGCGCAAACAGACCGAACUCCGAGCGCAGGCUGAAGAGGCGUACGAAAACCUCGUGGCUUUCAUCAAGUACCGACGUAGUGUCGCCUGAUAAGUGGAACCGCAGAUCUCGGAAGAAUGUCCUGU